AUGGCGAGUGACAAUGAAUCAAGAAGGUUGGAGUCUGCGUUUUUAAACGCGUGUCAGGACUGUGAUGAAGAGCGCCUCAAGGAAUUAAUAAAAGAAGGACUAAAUAAAAAAGAAGUCAAUUAUGCAGAUAGAUCUGAAAAGACCGGCCUCGCUUAUGCUGCAAGCAGUGGUUUUCUCCCGGUUCUCAGGCUUUUAGAAAAUAUGCAAGAACUGAUCGACGUCAACCAGGCCGAUAACGAAGGCACAACCCCGCUAAUGUUUGCAGCACAGGCAGGACAUUACGAAGUCGUUAAUUUUCUUCUGACUAAUUACAAAGGCGUUGAAAUCGAUAAACGAGACUACGGGGGCUUCACUGCUCUGAUUAAGGCGGCCAUACAAGGGCGUGCACGGUCCGCCAAGAUGCUUAUACUCUCAGGAGCCUCUACAGAUUUGCGGGACUUUCGGCGAGGAUUCUGUGCGGCCGAGUGGGCCCUUUUCUGUGGACGUCAUAUGUGCUCGUCUCUUAUCAUGCGACUCGCCGAUCAACUGGAAGCAGUUCGACGAUGUACAGAUGAAAUGUACAAAGUAUCAGGGGUCAAAUGCAGCAGUGAUCCCGACCUAUCAAGGUGUUCUAGUCUUGGCGCCAUGGACCUGGACAAAAAACAUAUAAAAAAGAAUAAGAAGAUGUUAUCGACAAAAAUUAAAAAAGGCGCAAAAAAGAAAUCGAAAUCCGAACAUAUUCUGGCCACGAAUGGGUAUGGAGGGUUACGGAAUGAAGACAGAACAAUAUCGGAACUCGUUUUUUCGUCAAGUUGUUUGUCCUAUUCUGGCUUACCGUCAAAUUCGACGCCACCAAGUAGUCCGUUGUUUAGCCGCAUUGCAUCAUGGGCCACGAGAACUUCCAGAAAACAAGGAUUCGUUGUGCCUAAGGUUCUUGUCACAAAACCAGCUGACGAAUCGGGAUUCAGUCGAAGAUUAAAUGCAAUUCUGUCCCCUCCAUCGUCAAGGAGAAGAAGAAUCCCAAAGGAUCCGUUGGCCGUGGGAAGAUCGUCCUCUUCGUCUAGUUCCGAAGAUGACGAUGAUUGA